AUGACAACACCUAAAUCAAAUGAUUCAUUUUUGAAAUGGGAUCCUGCUCAAGUAUCAACUUAUAUAACAUCAUUAAUCAAAGAUCGACUGGUUGGAUCUACUUUUUUAGAUAAUAAUAUUGAUGGAUCAUUACUACCUUUUAUUACAACGGAGCAUUUAAAAGAAAUUGGAGUACAAUCUUUAAGAACUCGACUAUUGAUUAAAAAGGGAAUUAACGAUUUGGUCGCAAGUCAUUAUAAAAAAUAUCAACCUCAAGCAUUUAAUGAUCAAGAAUAUAAAUUAAAUCAUAUUAAUAUAAAUAACAAUCAUAUAUCAUUAGAAGCUUUAAAUUUAUCAACAGUAUUAAUUCAAGAUCUGAUCAAAAAAUUUAGUAAAGAAUUAAAGAAUCAAAAUUUAGGAAUUGCAUCACCAUUAUCACCAAAUCAAUCAGAAAUGAAGAAACUUAAUGAUAAUUUUAUAAAAUUAAAAACUGAUUUGAUUCCAUUGAUAAGAUUAAUGAAAGAUACAAAACCAUUACCUACUCCAACUUUAGAUCCAGGACCAGCAUCUUCAUUGGAUUCUGAUGAAGAUCAAAAUACAGGAUUAUCAAGAUCUGAAAGUUUAUACAACAAAAGUCCAUCAUCAAAUAGAUUUUCUUCUGGGAGUUUAUUAUCAAUGGGAACUGGUAAAAUCAUUUCACAAUCUGUUUCAAAAUAUUCAGAUGAUAAAAGUUCUUCUAAUUUUAAAUUACAAAAGAUUGAUGUUUCGAAAAGUACUGAAUCUACAAAAGUAAGACCAAAAUUGAAUGAAUAUCCGUCUGCAGGUAGUACAUCAUCAGUACAUUCACCACUUGGAAAAACUUCUCAACCACAGAUUCGAUCACCAUCUCAUACUGAACCUUUAAAACAGUUGAGAGCAUCCACUGAUGAUUCAUGUUUAAAAAUACUUCAACAAGCUAUGAAACGACAUCAUAUCCCCAGAGCUGAUUGGUCAAAAUAUGUUUUAGUGAUUUGUUAUGGAGAUAAAGAAAGAAUAUUAAAAUUAGCUGAAAAGCCAGUGGUGGUGUUUAAAGAGCUACAAGAACUUGGUAAACAUCCAGCAAUUAUGUUAAGACAAUUGGCAGAUACAUCAGCAGCAAUAGAAAAUGCUGAUGGUAUGUUUGAAGAUUCAAGAAUAGGUCCAGAAAUCCCUGGUGGAAUGUUGUAG